UUGCGCCUCGUGAUUUGCACCCAUCCUGUCCUGAAGCGCUUCUUCCUCACUGGGAAAUGCUGUCUGCUAACAUGAACGUCUCAGGGAUCCACCAUGGGAUGCUCAGGAUGUAUGGUGGAUUCAUUUUCAAACAGUGGAAGAAGAGGUUUCUGCUGCUGAUGGCCGAAGGCAGCCUCCUUGUAUGCCACGAUGCAUCAUCCCCUCCUGACCAACUGGUGCUGUUGCAGAGCACUUGUGAGGCUAUUGUGGAAGGCAAGGAGAUCCUAGACCUGCCCAAGUUGCCCUCCGGUCGAUGCAGGGAUUGCUGCUUUGCUCUGAUCCUCCCCCAGAAUAAAUACCUGCUGCUGCUGGCUGAAACCCCUGCAGACUGCAGUCAAUGGGUGAAUAUGCUGAAAAAAGUGAAAAUGAGUCUGUCAUCACCUCUUAGUCCUUGUAAGAGACACCAGGUCCCCCCACCACACAUUUCUCUCCAGGAUCUGGUGCCGGAGCAGAUCCUAGACAAAGACCCAGCAUCUCCACCUGUUAGUGAGAGAAAGGCCGCCUCCCCAGGGCCCAUGACUUGUGCCUCCCCGAGGGAAAAAGGCAGGAGUUCUCCCCACACAAAGUAUGACAGAGGAAGUGCACAUUCCGCAAGGUGUCUGCGUCACGGCACUAUCAGUAACGCCGAGGCAGUGAGGGCAGUUUACCUGCUGAUGGGAGGGGCUGCUGCUUCCUCUGCUAUGGGUUACCUGGGCGCAUGCUCACCCUCUAAUUUGGAAGCCAAGGCUCCCGACCUGCCAGUCAACGCAGAUUUCUCCGGCCUGGGACCAGCAGGAACGUACCACACCAGUGGCCCUGCACUCGACUCCCCUCACUACAACAGCUUUGACUUUGAAGUGGCAGACUCUGAUUUCGAUGCUUUUGAUUGUGGUGGGUUUACUUUCUAAUGUCGUAAUGCUUGGAAGCUAUGGAUAUGGUCAGUUUGAUGCAGAAAAAAAACUGUACCUGAUAUUGCGUCAUGCCCUUUCAGAUUGACAGAAUCAUGAGAAAGGUUUAAAUUCAUGAUGAGACAUAUUUCGUCUUGACAACAGUACAUUUAGCAGUUAUGGAAUAACAUUUUCUGUCUCUUGGAGUUGUGUCUGUCCACCUAGCCAAUGCAAGUCCAAUAUCUGCACUCUUUCAGCUCUGUUUUUGGUCUCCUCCAACUCCUGAGGGAAAUGUCUUUAUUUAGCCGCUAAAUGAUCCACCAUGUUCCCCUAGCUGUCUUUGUGCUGUUGCAGUAGGUGCAGAGGAGGGAGUGUACAGUAAACAGUUGCCUCCUGCGACCAAAAACAAUGCAAUGAGCAUGGCGAGCGAGUGAACCAAAAAAGGUGAAGUUGUGGGUCAAACAACUAAACAAUGAGCUGUUACUCUUCCUUUAACCCUGUAAUGCAAGAUUGGAUCUGCAAAUUAGAUAAUUGGGUGGGUUCUUCACUACCAGUGACACCUCACAUUGUGAUUUGAUACUUUGAUAUUACAAAAAUAUUGAUCAUGACCGCUUAAAGCUGACACCAUCCGCAGAAAGAAUAUUGCACAUUAUUUUGAUUUGACUGUAAUUGUUUCAUUUUUAAUUGAAUUGAGAUUCGAUUCAAUUCAAUUGGGUCAAACCAUAAUCAAGUUUUUGCUGCAACACAAUAUCAUCCAACAAGUUUCUGUGCUGAGCAAUCACAUGCAUGCAAGUACACAUUUCUCUUAGAUCACUCUGACUGGAGUAUUGAAAGAAGUUGCUGCUGUGUUGUCAUUCCAGAAAAUCCAGCCCACUUGGCAAUGUCCUCAUAAGCCUUAAAAAAAAACUAAAAUCUGUUAUUCCAAUACAACCACUCCAUUGUUUUGACAUGGGAACUGAAUCCCUGUUGCAGAUGUGACACAUUCAAUACUUGAAAUACAAUAUAUUCUUAAAUGAUUUUAAUAGUAACCGUUUAUUACACUGGACAUUGCAAUGUGACCAUGGCUACAUGAUUUUGAAUUCUUUAUUAUAAACAGAAACACCUAAACUGUGCUAUGGACACUGAUAAUUAUUUUGUUAUAUGGUGUAUUAUAUGGCACAAUAAUUACACUAUCAACACUAUCAGUGAUUGUGAAUGAGAUGAUAAUUUGUGAGAAUUCAUAACAUGCUAUGUACUGUAUGUGUUGACAAAAGCAAACAUGGAAACACUUAUGUUAUGUAAUGAAACUAAUGGGAGAUUUGCAUCAUAUUUAUGUACUACAUGUUUUAUUUAAUACCCUUGAAUAGAGUAGAAUAGAUCUGAUAUCAGAUAUUUUAUUUAGCAACAGAACAGAGACAAAUCUGAACCUAUUGAGCCCCUCUUGAUCUCAGCAUCAUCCACUCAAUUUGUGUAUGUACAGUGUUUCCUUCAAAUAUCCAGCUGUCAUGUGCUUAUCAUGUCAUGUUUGGUUAAAAACAAGUGUAUGUUGUGAUGUCUGUCUAUUUCACUAAUAUGAAUAAAACCUACAUGUGGAAA